AUGACUACUGAGGCGACUAUUCCGGACAGCGAGAAAGUGCGCAUUGUCUCAGAUUUCCUUCAACAUGCUCCACCGGGUGAAUUCAAUGAGGUCUUCAAUGCCGUGCGCAUGCUGCUUAACAAUGAUCAGUUACUGAAGGAAGGGUGUGCUCAUGCCAUUACCAAAUAUAACGAAAGCCAAUUUAUACCAGUGAAAAUUGAAGGAGUUGAAAAGCAGACCUUGGUCACGCCCUUCAACGACAUUGGUGGUGGACGCUACGUCGAUGAUGCCUCAAAGAAGUCUUUCAAAUACGACCAUCUUCGUAAAGAAGCAAGCGAUAUCCAGUCAAGUGCAGCUGAGUCGGGCCUUGUUGAAUCUUGGCGCGCCGCUUUGCAAAAGGAAUUGGAUGCGUAUAUCGAUGAUCACUAUUCUAAAUCUGGUGUCGGAUGUGUUUUCAUUCGUCACGGCAACUUUACAUUGUGUAUAGAGUCACAUCAGUUCCAACCUAAAAACUUCUGCAAUGGACGCUGGCGAUCUGAGUGGAAAAUUCCUGUUGGUGAUGGUAAAACCGGUAGUCAAGAAUUAGUUGGGAAAGUCAAAGUGCAGGUGCACUAUUACGAGGAUGGUAAUGUGCAACUGUUUUCCGAGAAAGAUUUCAAUCUGAAGAUACAAGUUACUAGUGAUCUCGAAAAAACUGCUAAGGACAUACUAUCCACGAUUCGUGAUGAGGAAGGAAAAUAUCAGCAAGCUGUACAAGAAAACUAUGCCUCGAUGUCCGACAACACUUUUAAGGCACUUCGGAGACAACUACCAGUCAUUCGUGCUAAGAUGGACUGGCACAAGGUACAAUCCUAUAGGAUUGGUCAGGAAAUGAAGCCGCAUUCCAGUUUGUUAAUGUUAUUGAGUUGCUGCUCCAAACAGUCGAUACUGCUGAAAAGUUUUACAAGGAAAUUUUUCAUGGCUUCGUUUCUUCGCGAAGCUCAACAAGUUGGUCCAGGACAAUCUGCUCCAAAGUCGUACAUAACACGCAGCAAGGAGUUUCCUCGAUUGUUCCAAUGGUCCGUGACGGAUAACUUCUUGUGUGGGUAUCUACGGUAG